GUUCUAUUUUUAAAUCACCUGACGCUACCCUCAGACGACAGUUCGUCAUCGUGUUGUUCGAGGAGGGAGAGUUUGUGUGUUUUGCCCGAUAUCUGUCACAGUUUUUGCCAAAUUCGCAAUCUUUGCAUCCAGAAUAUUUAAAGGAAGACAUCAAAGAUCUAAAGAUGCCACAGAAGAGAGAUUUACACCCGACUUUCGCCAAGAAACGUGUACUAGAACUGGAGUGCAGAUACUGCCUGAGCUUCCUGUGUGGCAGAGGAAUGAGGGCCAUUUUGUUGGCAGACACCAAUAUUGAACUGUACUCCACAGACCUUCCCCCUGGAGACACAAUUGAGCUUGUAGGGAGCACAUAUACAACAGAGAACUGUGACUGCAAGAUUAAGGAUAUAGCCUGUAUCACAUGUGGCAACACAGUUGGGUACCAUGUGAUCCUGCCCUGUAGAUCCUGUCUACAGUCCUGUAACAACGGACACUUCUGGAUGUUCCACAGCAGCUCAUCUGCUGCUACAGAACGGGUGGAUGGAACAGGUGCCCAGGUGUUGACCUGGGGAGAUCUUUGCGACACUGAGGAUGAUGUAGGCAUGCAGUUCCCCUUUGAAGAAUGUGACAGAUAAAGGAAGAAAAAAAAACAGUAUACCAUAAUAACACAUAUGGCAAAUAUCACGUCUUUCCACAAAAUACAUGCACAUGUAUCACAUCUUGAAUCCAGUAUACUUUUCUACAAUGGAAAGUAGCAUUUUCAUGUUUAGUGUCUUUUCUAUUUGAUAGCAAGGUGUAUCAUUCAGUCUUCUGGUGAAAAUUCGUAGUUGGACAACAUGUUACAAUUUGCCUACAUAUUACAACUAAUAUGAGGACGGCUGAAAACAGCUUCCAGCAUUGAGGAAAUUUUAUAUCAUUUUUAAUUUCAGGUUACAAACUAUUGUACAAAUUAAUGUGAGGAUCUUAAAGUUGUUUCGUUUGGUUAAAAGGUGAAUUUUAAAGUUAAAGCUGAUAAUAAUUUGUCAGAAUCUUUAUAUGUAUUGAGCAUAAAAUAUCAGCAUGUUCUUAGCAACUGUAUUGUACAGUUUGGUGAAUUGCUGAAAUGUUUAAGACAUUUUGAUGUAGAACGAUAUACAACUAUGCCAGAUACCUUUCCUUUUCAUAUUAAUGUAUCUUAUGGGAUUUUUUAACUGUCAAGAUCAUGUAUAUGCAAAUAUCUCAUAAUUUAUUGGAAAGAAUUUCCAUAUUUUGCUAAAUAUGACUAUGUAAAUAGUGUAUAAAUAAAUGUGGCAAUGGGUGCAUAUAUAAAUUCUCUAUGGAAGGGAAGUUUUUAUUAAGAGUUUAACACUUAUUUUUAUUUCAAUACAAAUUGAUGUUUAAGUUAUCUGUCGUUGCCAUAACUUAAAAGAAGGUUUUGGAACAUUGAGAUCUGUAGUCUAGUGUAGGAGUACAAUCAAUAUCUAAAAAUUAACAUUCAAAACUUUUCCUGUAACAAAAAAAAAGUAAUUUUUCUCUUGAAAAAAGAAAACAUUACUGCUACCAUAUUUGAUAUGAAAUUUGACUCCAGAUCUUCAUGAUCCAAAAUCUUAUAGAACUUGCAAACACCAGUGAAAAGAUGUAGCAAACUAGAUCUAUCUCCUUUCUGUACCUU